AUGGGUCACUCUAGAAACUCCUACACUAUUCCGUCGCCCAUUUCACUGACAAGUGUCUUCUCCUCAGGCGUCCAUCCGUCUCAGCCACCUCCUCCGUGCGGCUUCGUCUUAUGGUCUAGUGUGGAGAGAAGAUUGAGACCGAAAUCUUUGUUCCCAGAGAAAUCAGUUACACUUCAUAACAAAUGCUCGCACUCCGUUUGGCCGGGAAUACAACCCAGUGCCGGAAAACUCCUUUUGGCUCGCGGAGGCUUCAAGCUCCCGCCCAACAUGUCCCACGCUCUAAAGCUUCCCCCUCUCUGGUCCGGCCGCUUCUGGGGCCGUCACGGCUGCGCCUUCAAAGCCUCCGGCCGCGGUCCCUGCAAAACCGGGGACUGCGGCGGCUCCCUCUUUUGCAAUGGCACCGGUGGCACCCCUCCGGCCACCUUCGUGGAGUUCUUUCUAGGCAAGCAUCACGACUCUUACGCCAUCAGCCUUGUCGACGGCUACAACCUGCCUGUCUCCAUCACCCCGUACGGGGGAUCUGGGACAUGCGGCGACGUCAGGUGCGUGAUGAGCGACCUCAAUCUGAUUUGUCCGGCAGCCUUGCAGGUGAGGUCUCACGACAAGAGAGCGCUGGUGGCCUGCAAGAUCGCCUGCUCUGUUGAUAGGGACGCGGAAGCAGAAUCGGUUCAUGCAUUGUUUGUUCAUCCAAAUCAUUUCGAGCAUUUUGGGUUCGUUCUUCGUCCUCCAUAUUAUUUCGAGGAUACCUAUUGUGUUCGGUAUGCAGUUGCACAUAUAGAGGAAACCCUUGAAGAGGUAGCUCAAGUCGUGUUUAACAUGUGGAUAGCAGCAGUAGUUAGACUCAAUUAG